CCAAAGGAACUGAAAAUAAAAGAUCAUAUAAACGUAAAAAUCCAUCAUUUACUCGGGAUUAUUUUGAAAAAGAAGUAAAUAAUAGUGAAGAAUUUCGGGUUUGCAAAGUCGUGAAUGAAAAAAGUGGCCAAAAAU